AUGGUAGCCAAAAAUGGCAAGCCAGGUUAUUGGAAGGCCUUCUCCUAUAUUACUAACAACACUGUGCUGGGCAGAGAAGACUUACACCUUGGACUUGCAGGGGACCAUCGGCAUCUAAUACUAUACAACUUGGGCAAGACCUUUUAUAUCACUUAUCGACUGAUUCCAUUUAAAUGGUAUACAAUAUGCUUGAUAUGGGAUGGGGUGAAGGGAAGAUUAGAUAUUUUCCUGAAUCAAAAAAGGUUAGUGAUAAUAAUGGAUGAGCCACGCAGCCUGACACCUAAUGGGACUCUGGUCUUAGGGCACUUGCCCAAGAAUGAAGAUGGCCAGGUGAAAAAAGUGGCACCUCACUUUACUGGCAGCUUAUACUACUUUCAACUCUGGGACCACAUCUUGGAAACUGAGGAGUUUAUGAAGUGUUUAGAUGGAAAUAUCAUUAGUUGGGAAGAAGAUAUUUGGAUUCUCAACAAGAUCAUCCCAACUGUUGACAGGACACUGCGCUGCUUUCUUUCUGAAAAUAUGACAACUAAAGAAACAAGUACGCCUCUUCCACAACAAAUAAACUUGACAACCCCUUCCCAAAUUACUGAACUAAGACCACAAAAGACUGUACAUGUAUCUGCAGUGAUGUCUAAAAGCGUUCCUAUGGAUGCAACUAAUUAUACAACUUUAUCAUAUUCUAAUAAAACAUCUUCACCUGUAGAAAUAAUGACUGCAUCAAAAAAUUUAAGGACAUCUAUAGCUGAGACAGCUACCUUUGCUACAGAUGGUCUAUCUUCUGCAGCCAUCUCUAGGCCUACCCAGAGUACAUCUAUAUGCACUACCACUGAUUCCAUGAAAAUAACUAAAUCCUCAAGUUCAGAAAGCAAAAGGACAACAAAAAUGGCAGAAGUCAUGUCUACUAAGACCUCGCAUCCAACUACAGCUAUUAAUUUCCUUUCCACAUCUGGAUUUACCAAGAAUUCAAGUCCAUCAGAAACUUCAGCUGAAUCUCAGUCAGCUAUUAUGAAGACCACAUCUUUAUUCUCAUUUAUUGAGUCAACAUCCAUGUCUACAACAUCUUGGCCCAAACAGAAAUCUACAGUUACUCCUCCUUUCCCUUUUACCACAUCUGGGCAAGAGUUUCUUGUAUCUACAGCUGCCAGAACUGUACCUUGGUCCACAGUAGAAGAGACUUCAGGUACAAGUACUGUCACUGAGACUGCAUCAACAUUCCCACCUGAGUCUGUGCUCAUCUCUACAGUUGCUCCAGUGGAUUCUAUAUUUACUAGAAAUCAGACAAUAUCUACAUUGGCAAAAACUGAUGUGCAAACAGCAUUUCCAGUUCAUUCUGUUAUGUCUUUUGAGACCACACCUGCUGUAAGAACAGCAGAAACAGAAUGGGCAUCUACAAAUUUCCAGAAUAUUUCUUCACCUAUCUUGGAGGAUGCCAUAUCUACCUCCAUGACAAAAGACACCUCUUCUAUGGCUUUUUAUUCUGUGACCUCCUCUCCAAUCACUAGAACUCAGAAUGUACAGACAGUUGUUGAUGCUGAGAGUUCAAACACAGCCUUCACUCCUGCAAUCACACUUGCACCUACAGUGGCUAAAACUACUUUCUCCUCCACAAUCACAGGGUCAGUACAUACUCAUAAUACACCCACAGCUGGUGAACACAUGCUUACUUUAAUUUCUACUAAAUCACUUUCCACAUCCAAGGCAUCUGAAUCAGGUUCCACACCCACACCUGAUGAAAGUUCCCAUGGAUUUUCCACCAAUGGUAACACUUGGACUUCUAGGCCAGAACAGACCCUGGUAACAUCUAUAAAUACAACUACCACACUUAUAUUUGUACCUAAUGAAAAUUUCACAUCAGCAUUACAUGGGAAUAUUACUAAUACAGGAUAUUCAUCCACAACUACUAAUAUUAUCACUCCACUGGAAGCCUCCACAGAAAGUAAGGCUACCACUAGUACUGAUACCACUACAGCUAGAUAUACAACAGCUCUUACCAAAAUAAUAUCUCCACAGUUUGCUAAUUUUUCUACCAUUUCUGGAACUACAAAUGUAACUAAUCUGCCUGAGUUUAAAUUUACCACCUUACUACUAAAAACCAACUCUAUGUCCACAGUAGGUGCAAAUGAACUUCCUUCAACACCAAAGGAGACAGUUGUUCCAUCAGCAGAUAUAACAUCUACCCUUGCUGAUAUUAAACUAAAAUUUUCUACUGAAGAAAACACUUCUGAAGUAACACAAACAGAAACAAAUGGUACAAGCACAUUUGGUGAUACAACAGCCCCAGUACCAAAGUCUGUCACAACAGAAAGAUUCAAUGUUACUGUGACAAGGAAAGAAACAACUUCCCAUCAUCUUAAAGAAAAAUCAACAAUAGCAGCAGUAGCUGAGCUUUCUCAAUUUUCAACAAUGCUGGAAAUGAUAAAUGAAUCAGCACAAACAGUGACAGCUUUUGCCACUGCUUCCCCUUUUCCUGAUACAGAAAAUUUAACUAAUCUAUUGGAUCAUAAAACUGUAACUACUGAGGUGGGAGGGAAUUGGUUUUCAACAAAUUUGAUGCAAACCACACCUAAGAGUCCAUACAAUGGAGCUACAGAAAUCUUUAAUUCAACUCACAACUAUUCAGCACAUUGGACUUCAGAGACACCUGGGGGAAAUUCAUCUCUGUCUCCCACUUCUGGGAAAAUGCGGACAUUCCCUGAACUCCUGGAUGCUUCUACCACAAGAAUAUUGGAAGCCAGUGUCACCACUAUUCCUACAGACAGGACAGCUUUGUUCUCGUCUGCUGAUAUCAUAUCUCCAAAGACUGCAGCUACUCAGUCCUCAGUAACCCCUACAGCUGUUACCCAUAUGUUCUCACUGCCAGUUAAUGUUUCUGCGGUCACUUCUUCUGUCAUCUCUAUGGUGGUGUCUGAUGAAACUAAGGUGACCAUGUCUGAGCCUUUUACACUGGCUAAGGAUUUCUCCACAUCUAUGCUCUCGAAUGUUUCAACUCUGUCAUCUGCUACAAAAACCACAGCAUUGGUGCCACAAUUGAGUCAAACAGCUUCCACAACCAGUGAUGCCAUGCCUACCCACAGAAUCUCAACUGAUACCACUUCAGAGGCCGUAGUGAUCUCUACUACAAUGAAACCCAUGGCAGUUCCCCCUCUGACAGAAACUGUAGCCUCAAUGAGACCUCUCACUCCUGUGACAUCUAACACUAGGACUAUCCUUUCCUCUACCUCAGCUGACACAGUAACUCCAUCCACACACACUCUUGUCUGCUCAAAACCUCCCCCUGACAACAUACCUUUUGUGUCCUCUACUCAUUUGAUCACAACUACAUCUGCACCAGCAACAACUCAACCCAUAUCUCAAGUGGAGAAAACUUCUAACUAUGGUCUUAGCUUUCCAUAUACUUUCAGCAGUGGUGGAAAUACUGUUAGCUUGGCUACUGGCACCACAGAGACCUCUGUUGUUGAUGAAGACAUGUCUUUGCACACCUCUGCCAAAAAUCUUAUUACCUCAGUAGGCAUUCACGUUUCUCAGCCUUCCACACAUCUUGUAAACACACCAGUCUUUACCCAAUUGGCAACUGGCACCUCUAAUUUAUCUUCUGACCAAGAGCAGAUAACCACUUCCCUUGGGAAAACCACAAGGACUUUGGCAGGGACAGAAAUGUCUCCUUCAAAGAAUUCUUUUAUUUCCUAUUCCCAGGGUACUUCAUCCUUAGAAAUGACAGAUACAGGAUUUUCUGAAACCACAAAACCUUCUAGCUAUCGAACACAUUCACCUUCAGAGAUUCAAUCUGGGACUAUACCUGAUGGGAAUUCAACUUCAUUUCCGACUUCUGGGAGCACACAGGCUACACCUACCUUGACCUCAAGUAAAACAGCAGAUGUUCACAUUUCAGAAAUGUCUACUAGUUUGGGGAAAACAAAUCUCCCUUCACAAGCUCAGAAAAUAACCACUUUUUUGUCUCCUGAUAAAGAAAGCACAAGUGACCUUCAUGUAUAUACUCCCAGAACUGCAGAAAUGAUAGUGAAUUCCUCCUCUACAACUCACCUUGUCUCAUAUCACCAGAAUACUUCAAUCAUUCAUACCAUAACUCCCAGGACAACCAGAAUAUCAAAUAAUGUACUCAUCAACACAACUCUUUCAGACCUGCCUUCACUUAAGACUCAACCUGAGAUAACUUCAUUAGUUGCCUCUUCUACUUCUGAAAGCAUACAUACUUUCCCUAAGUCUUUGUCUCCUUCCACAGCUGGAUUAUCCAAUAACAAUUUUACAAUGAUAUCAACUAAUGGGAUCACUACAGUCCUUUCUGUAACUACAACACUUCUUGGGGAAACUUCCACGACAACCUCAAUUCCUGUUUACCAUAUAACCUCAUUGCCAGUUAAUGCCACUACUUUCACUUCCAAAAAUGCUUCUGAUACUCCCACAAUACCAAUGACCAAGUCUUCUAAAACCACACACUCAAAUUGUUUGAAAAAUACUACUAUGACCACUUCUGGGCCCACAUUUGAGAUGUCUUCUAGGCCAAUUAAUGAUUCUGUUUCCUUACCUGCAGCAGGUUCUUUUGACACUUCCACAACAAGUGGGUCAUUCUCUAUUUUAUGGUCUUCAACUACCCCUAGGACUGCUAUGACCACACAAACAUCUACACUGAAUGCCAUACCUGUGACAUAUGUUGAACCUACUUCAGAAAUGAUCACACCUACAGCAACAUCCUUUCCAACACAGCCAAGUUUUCUAUCCAUGAAAACCAUUUCAACCACUAUUCCAGCUGGAAUAGUGACUUCAGUUGUAGGCUCCACUGCCACCUCUCUACUUAGUUCUAAGAACAGUGAAGCUAUUUCCUCCAUUCCAACAAGUAUGUCUUCACCAUCGCUAUCAACAAUCCAACAAUCAUUAAAAGGAGAUGAAGCUACAACCCUGGGCAUAUUACUUGGGAUUACUAACAGCUCCCGUUCGGCUAUGAGCAGUGGUAGAGUGACAUCUCUCACAAAUACUUAUUCUAGAACUCCUGUCCCUGAAAAUGGGCUUUUGCCGACUCCUUCAGAUAAUCUUCAUACUUCCUUGAAUAUCCAGGUUUCCCCAUCUUCAACUGACUCUAAGAGCACUUUUGGAUCCACAAAAAGUGUAAAAGGCACCACCAUUUACCUUUCCUCUAAUACUGGAAAUGUGACUUCCUUGUCAGAAAAUAUUUCCUUAUCAGCUGAGAUAACAAAAAGAGCUACAUCUGGGAAUACUCCUGUUUUAUAUCCUUCAUGGACCCCAUCCAAUACAACUACACCCUCUUUGACAUCACUUCUUUAUUCACCUCAUGGUACUGAGGCAAAUGCUGAGUUCUCUACUCCAGAGGUCUCUCUUACAUCACAAAUGGUUGAAUAUCCAGUUCUUGGAACAAGAAUUACAUCUAGUAACACAAAGUCUCUGCUUACAACUUCCUGGAACACACCCAGAACUGAAUAUUCUCAGUUUCCAAUUUCUACCACUACUCAUGUGCCUACACCCAAAAAGACGGAAACAGAGACUCUGCACCUUGUUCCUGGGUCUUUGUCAACAUAUGCAGCCCCGCAGACUGGUCUAGUCUCUAAAGAUGUUAUGGCAAUGUCAUCAAUUACCACAUCAGAAAUUUUUCCUACCUUUGGUAUUUCUGAAAGCUCUUCAUUGUCAACAUCUUUAAGAGAUAUCUUCACCUCUUCUGCUAACAAUAAGCACACAUUUGAGAAAACAACCACAUCUGUAAUGCCUAGGACCGCAUAUCCAUCAAAUCCUUCUAAAAUCUCCAAGACUACUACUUCAUCAAUGCUGACUUGGAUCUUAUCUAGUCUUCCUUCAGGUUUUCCCCUGGUGACUAUAACUAAUGCUCCUCAUGUUAUAACUUCCUCCCCAGUAGGGGUGUCAAAAUCUACAUUUCCAACUUCUUCCAUGAUAUCAACAUACCCACACAUUAACAUUUCAAUACUUCCCUUUGCUACUGAAAGCACCACACUUACAAAAACUACUCCUACACCUACCCUGGGCAGUAUCAUUAAUGGCUCUCCAACUUCUCUCCCCAUUUCUACAAAAAUCACAGAUGACAAUGUAUACAUUUCCACAACCCCUGAAAUAUCCUCCAGAGCUACUAUGACUACCAACUCCAGAACUAUGUCUCAACCUCCAUCUGUUGAUGGAAUGAGUAUGUCACAUUCUACAGCUGACCACACUCCAUCUAUUGGUUCCAUGUCUCUGCCUAAACCUACAAAAACAUCUGCAUGGAGCACAAUUCCAGCUGAGUCAGUAUCUUCUACUUUAACUCUUCCUAAUCCCAUACUAGAUUACCUCAUAAAUACAACCACUACUACAUCCAGUGCCACUGGAGCUUUAUUUUCAUUCACAGCUACUGGAAUAACACAUCCUUCCAAAGCAACUGUGACUUCACUAAAGUCUUCUUCUUUUGAGACAACCUGGAUGGACUCCACAUAUUCCUUUCUAUCUACAGAAGCACUGACUUCACCAGUUGCUGCUAAGCCCAAAGUUUCCUUCUACAAUAUUGAAAUGAGCUUCUCUGUCUUUGAUGAAGAGCCAAGGGUCCCUGUUACCAGUGUUAUAAGUGAAUUGGCAAAAAAUUGGUUGAAUUAUAUAUUUCAAGACAGUGAAUUUUCUCUUGCUAAUCUGGCUGUCCAAAUAAAAAGCAGCUGUGCUUGUCAGGUCAUCAUAAAGGCUGACUCUUCUUUAGAAUCCACGGAAUUGAUCAUCAAGAUCAGAAAUAAAAUACAUGGCAACUUCUCACGUGGAAACUUCACACAAGAUCAGUUCACAUUAUUAGUAACGUCUGAACACAUCACAGUGAAAAAGCUAGAUCCAGGAAAGUGUGAAGCCCACGAAACACCCACUAAAUACAAAGGGACAUAUAAGUGGCUAUUAACCUACCCUACUGAGACAGCCCAAACCAGAUGCAUAAAAAAUGAGGAUGGAAAUGCCACUAGAAUCUGUUCAAUCAGCAUUCAAACAGGCAAAUCUCAGUGGGAGAAACCAAGAUUUAAGCAAUGUAAAUUGCUUCAAGGACUUCCUGAAAAGAUUGUGGAUCUUGCUAAUAUUACCAUCAGUGAUGAGAAUGCAGAUGAUGUUGCAGAACACAUUUUAAAUCUGAUAAAUGAAUCUCCACCUCUGGAUGAAGAAGAGACGAAGAUUAUUGUUUAUAAAGUAGCUGAGAUUUCAAAGUGUGAUGAGAUAAGUAUGAACCUAACCCAGAUUAUAUUACAAAUAAUCAAUGCUGUUUUGGAAAAGCAAAACAAUUCAACCUCCAAUCUACAUCAAGUAAGCAAUGAAAUUCUGAGGAUAAUUGAGCGUGCUGGUCACAAGAUGGAAUUUUCUGGGAGGACAGCAAAUCUUACCGUGACCAGGUUGGCUUUGGCUGUGCUACGGAUGGAUCAUACUUUCAAAGGUAUGGCCUUUGGCAUCCGCUCCUAUGAAGAAGGUGCAGACCCUCAGAUCUACCUGGGCAAUGCCCCUCUGGAGAGGGUUUUGGCUUCCAUAUAUUUGCCUAAAUCACUGAGGGAGAAAAUUCCUCUUAACAACUUACAAACCAUCUUGUUUAGUUUUUUUGGCCAAACUUCACUUUUUAAGAUAAAAAAUGUCAUGAAAAAAUUAACCACAUAUGUUAUGAGUGCUAGCAUUUCAGAUAUGUCCAUUCAAAACUUGGCUGAUCCAGUGCUCAUCACUCUGCAGCAUAUUGAAGGAAACUGGAAUUAUGAUCAGGUUCACUGUGCCUUUUGGGAUUUUGAGACUAACAAUGGACUAGGCGGAUGGAACUCAUCAGGCUGUAAAGUAAAGGAAACGAAUGUAAAUUACACAAUCUGUCAGUGUGACCACCUCACCCACUUUGGAGUUUUAAUGGAUUUAUCCAGGUCUACAGUGGAUGCAGUGAAUGAACAGAUAUUAGUUCUUAUCACAAACACUGGAUGCGGAAUCUCCUCCAUUUUCUUGGGAAUUGCAAUGGUGACAUACAUAGCUUUUCACAAACUUCGAAAAGAUUAUCCUUCCAAAAUCCUGAUCAACCUGUGCAUAGCACUACUGAUGUUAAACCUGGCAUUUCUGGUUAAUUCCUGGUUAUCAUCGUUUCAGAAAGAGGGACUUUGUAUCACAAGUGCAGUGGCCCUUCACUACUUUCUGCUCGUUUCUUUAACUUGGAUGGGCCUGGAAGCAGUCCACAUGUAUUUUGCUCUAGUCAAAGUCUUCAACAUAUACAUUCCAUAUUAUAUCCUUAAAUUUUGUCUAGUUGGUUGGGGAAUCCCAGCAAUUGCAGUAGCAAUCAUACUCACCGUGAGAAAAGAUCUGUAUGGAAUUCUGAGCCCAACAACUCAGUUUUGUUGGAUCAAAGAUGAUUCUCUCUUUUACAUCUCAGUGGUGGCUUAUUUUUGCCUCAUAUUUCUGAUGAAUCUCUCCAUGUUCUGCAUUGUCCUUGCUCAACUGAAUUCCAUGAAAUCCCAAAGCCAGAAGACUCGGCAGAAGAUGAUUCUGCAUGAUCUCAAAGGCACAUUAAGCCUGACAUUCUUGCUUGGCCUCACCUGGGGGUUUGCCUUUUUCGCCUGGGGACCCAUGAGGAUAUUUUUCUUAUAUCUUUUUGCCAUUUGUAACACUUUACAAGGAUUCCUCAUUUUUGUGUUUUACUGUGUGAUGAAGGAGAAUGUACGGGAGCAGUGGCAGAUACACCUCCGUUGUGGGUGGUUGCAAAUGGAUAACUCUUGUGGUAAGAUGCCAGACUGGGUAAGGUGUGGGUUAAAUGUUGGGUAUAAACAGAAGAGACUGAAGAAAACCUUUAAGCACAAAUUGUUGGCAGCAUCCCUUAAAUCAACUGCAACAAGCUCUACUUCCAAGUCUUUAGGCUGUGUACAAGGCACUCCUUCAGAAAUGAUCUUCCCAAACGAUGACAUGGAUGAAGAUACCUACUGUUUUUCUUCCUUGGGUUGUGAAAUUACGCCUGACUGUGCAAGAAGAAUAUUACCUAUGGAAAUCAAAAUGAAUUCCAGCCACAAAGAUUUUUUUUCAAUAAAUCUCAGCAGAGAUGCUCACCUUCUCCCACCUCUGGGCUGGGAAAAGUGUUGA